GCUUCAUUAUUACUCCAGUAUAUGUUCACAGUCUACAGAGAAAAAUACGAGUCUCUCUGAUAAAAAAAGAUGAGCGUUGGAAAAAAAUAAAUAAUUUUCCUCAAAAAGUAUGAAAGGUAUCGUGAAGGAGACUUGCAUUUUAUAUCUAUAUUUUUGAGAGCAUAUUCACCCCCCUAUGCAAUGAGUCCUUCACAUACAUAUGAUGAUGCUGCAGGAUUUCAAAAAGGAGUGGAUUUUGUGAAACUGUACAAUAAUAAUAAUAAUAAUAACAUAAUAAUGCAAUUUGAAUUAUUUUCUCUUUUAAACAAACACUGACUUACAGGUGUGCUAUCUCUCUAUCUAAGGCGACAUUGUUCUUACCAUAUUAGUGUUUAUUUCUAAGAAUACUAAUCUUGUGGUGUGUGAGAGAAGUUGCUGAGGAGAGAGGCUGUAGUAUUGCGGUGUCUCUUUAAAGGAAGGGGGAGUGUAGAAGAGGGACAGAGGAAAGAGAUGAAUAGAAGGCACCAGAACCACCUACCAUGACCAAGUGCGCUGUAAAUGUAGGACAGAAAUUCGAGUGGAAUACAAACGGAUCGUCCAGCGACAUAUUCGAGGGAAAACCAUGUUUGGAUGUGCCUUACUAUCUGACUCCAACCUUCUCAAAUAUGCUGCCACCACAUGCGAUCACUGGAACACAGGGAAAGUGGUUCUCCUCCCAAACAUUUCUUGCGUUUUGAAACGGAAAAGAAGAGUGGCAGUAACAACACACAUCAUCCCUGUGCUAUCUGUCUCCGAUUAUCAAUGGUAGGCAUUGCAUAAUUCAACCCUUUAUCCACCACCACCACCGGAGCCAUUUGGUUCCUCCUCUCUCUUUGAGAGAAGAGGGGGAGAAAAGAAAAAGCAGAAAGAAAAAAAAACCCUCGACUACAUCCAUCCAUCCAUCCAGUGGCUCUGCAUCCUCUGGUUGCCUGCAGAUUGUUUGGCAAUGCCCUUUUCUCUCCUAGGAAGAACUUGCAGCCAGUAAAGCGGUGGGGAACACGCAGGGUGAAGGAUGCAUUUAAAGCUGGAUGUGUGCUGCAUUCAGGGAGAUUCGGCAAUAAUAGCAGCUCUAGCAGCAGAAACGGUGUGUGCGGAGGGCCUGGGAAGCACCCAGCCCCACUAUCUGCUCCUUUUCCUCCCCCCCUGCAGGACCAUGCUUGCGUGAGGGAUGAGGCUGUGCACAGGGACACCAGGCCAGAGCUGCGGCCUACUUCUCACAAGAGCCGGUCUCUCGACUGCAAGAUCUGCUGUGAACACAUUGCCACCAUCAAAUCAGCAUCUUUGUGGUUUCUCUCUGCCCGCUCCUCCGUCUCUUUUACUUCCUGCUUCCUGUGUUCCUGUGUCUAGGUCAUCAGGUAGAUCCAGGAGCAUGAGCAGGACUUUGAGCUGCGGGAGCAGAUGUCUGGGUAUAAGCGCAUGCGGCGGCAGCACCAGAAGCAGCUGAUCGCCCUGGAGAACAGGCUAAAGGCCGAGAUGGAUGAGCAUAGGCUCCGGCUGCAGAAGGAAUUAGAGACACAUGCGAACAACACUUACAUUGAGCUGGAAAGACUGGCCAAACGGCACGCUGCUCAAACAGACAAAGAGAUGAAAUCAGUUGCAGCUGAAGAGAGGAGGAUCCAGCAACAGAUUGUUGCUCAGCAAAAGAAGGAGCUGACUACUUUCUUAGAGAAUCAGAAAAAAGAGUACAGGCUUUGCAAAGACAAGAUCAAAGAAGAGAUGGGCGAAGACCCAUGUACACCCAAGGAGGAGAAGCAGGAGCGUCUGUCCAGGCACAAAGAAACAAUACAGCGCUCUCAGGCUGAGGAGGAAGCUCACCUGCUGGCCCAGCAGAGGCUGGUCUACGACCGGAGCUGCAGGGCCCUCAAACGCCGGAGUCUGGUCAGGAAGCACGACUUUGAACAGGAGCAACUGAGAGAGGAGCUGAACAAGAAGAGGACCCAGAAGGAGAUGGAACACGCCUUGAUGAUCCGGCAGGACGAGUCCACGCAGGACAUGGAGCGCAGGCAGCUGCAGAUGCUGCAGAAGCUGCGCAUUGAACUCAUGCGGCUGCAGCACCAGACGGAGCUGGAGAACCAGGAGGAGUACAACGGCCGGCGGCAGAGAGAACUACACAGGAAACACACUCUGGAGCAGCGGCAGCAGCCCAGAAACCUCAAGAUGCUGGAGAUGCAGAUCAAGAAACAGUUCCAGGACACUUGCAAGGUGCAGAACAAGCAGUACAAAGCUCUUAGGAACCACCAGCUGGAGGUCUCUCCCAAAGGCGACCACAAGAACAUCCUGAAGAGCCUGAAAGAGGAGCAGACACGCAAGCUGGCCAUACUGGCCGAGCAGUACGAGCAGAGCAUCAACGAGAUGAUGGCCUCACAAGCGAUGCGGUUAGACGCAGAGCAGGAAAUUGAGUGCCAAGCUCUGAAGCAGCAGCUGAAGCAAGAGAUGGAGCUCCUGGACGCCUACCAGAGAAAAACCAAGUCACAGAUGGAGACCCAACACGAGCGAGAGCAGCAGAAACUGGAGCAGAAGGUCUCCAUACGCAGAGCGCACCUUGAACAGAAGAUUGAAGAGGAACUGGCCGCUCUUCAGAAGGAGCGCACAGAAAAGAUCAAGCACUUGUUGGAACGUCAGGACAGAGAAAUGAACACUUUUGACACAGAAAGUCGAAGCCUCGGCUUUGGGAGCCUGGGUUCUCUGGACUUCCCCAAAGAAGACAACAGAUGAAAGUGGAUUUAUCUUUAGAGGACAACAUAUCCGUGCCCUUUUCGCGUCCACUUGACCGUUUUUGUCACGUCCACGGUGACGAAGCUGGAUAACUUUCUCCAUUGCUUUUCUUCUCUCUUAGAUAUCGCAUCUUUGAAUCGAGGUGUUAACGUGCAAUGAGAACUUCUUUUGUGAAACUUGAAAGGGGGGAAAGUAAAACAAAAGAAUCUACAACAAACAUGUCAAUAAAAAUCAAACCUAGUCAGUGUAAACUCAAAACUUAUGUGUUGAAAAUAACAGACUCUUUCCUCCAUGCCAUUUCCUCCUUUUGGUAUGAAUUGAAUAAAUCAGGAAAUUUUAGUAAAAUUGGCACUUUGAUAUGUUUAAGUAGAAACCCAUCAUGUUCGUAUGAUGCUUAAUGUGUGUGUUACAUGGAGGGACAUUGUGGAAUGUGAGCUGCGGACUCCCCCGUGGUGUUAAGCUGCUUUGUCUUUUUUUAUUGGUUUUAUUUAUUUUGUUCUUUUUUUAUUUUAUGCUCUGAAUGUGAAUAUUACUGUAUGGGGUCACUGGAUAAAGUCAGAGUUUAUUCAUUUAUUUAUUUAUUUUUUUGUUCAUACUUCCAUAUUGUGCUUAUGCAUACAGUAUACUGUGGUCCCUCACUUUUCUAGGCAACAGUUCUUACCUUUUCUUUUAUUUGAUAUGUAGGAUCAAUUGGCGUUAGCUUGAUCAACCCAUUUAUCUUAUCACAACUCAAGAUCCCACUCGGUAAAACUGCUUAUUAUUGCAUGCACUUUAAGGACAAAUUCAGGUUGUGAAGUGAAGCAUGAAUCUGUCAAGAGAUUUUAGCUGUUUGUAAAUAAAAGCAUUUUUUUUGUUUUUUUGUUUUAAGCCUAUGGAUACUGGACAUAAGCGGCAUAUUUGAUAUGAUAAUUUCACAAAUGCCUUUAUUUAAGUUGUGCCUGAAGCAGAUUUUAGUUCCGUGUUUGUUAUAUCUAUAUUUUAUUUAACUGAGGCCGGCACCAUUUUUGUUUUGGUUUCAUCUAAACUUGUGAAUCAUUUAAUGUUCACUAAUCAGAGUUCUUGUAAAGGAAAAAUGGUGAGAAUUGUGCUGUAUAACUUUUGAUAUGAAUAUUUGUACAUGAGAAUAUAGCUAGAACAUACAGAGACACUGGUCUAUUACUGAUAACAGAGCUUAAAGACUUUGCUUCGUUUUUGUUUUAUAAUAUAGAGAUAUGGUCAUACGAUAGCUCAAUAUAUUGCUAAGUCAAAUCACUAGACUCUCAGAUUGUAUAAAUGCUGGUGGAUGGAACCACAGACUUCUUAUAAUAUCAGUACCACGAUCUUUUAUGGAUCAAACACAACACGUGGGUCCAGAUUGCAUUUGAGUAAUUAGUGUCUAAUGAUCAGAUUUACAUAUUUUUUGCCAUGUUCAUUAUGGUCAUUGAACAGGUUGCACAAUGUUUCCAUUUGUACUGAAUGGAAAGGUAAUUGUUUGGUGCUUAAUUUCUAAUACCACCUUUAGCCUUGUAGUUUUUUGUCUUGGAGAGACGAUUGAUUUUUACAAAAUGUAAACGUGAAGCAUUUUGAAACCCCCUCUGAGUCAAAACACUACUAAGUUUUUCAAACACUCAUGACAUAUUUAGAGUACCCCAUGCAGUGAAACCCUCUAAAAAUGAAGUAUAUGUAUGGAAAAAAUAAAUACUAUUUUAUCACGGGUCAGUUUUUGAAACAUUGUUUAAUGUGGUGGUCUUGAAUGCAACCCUGUUAUGUUUAGCAGGUAUUUCUUCACCUGUUUUUUCUUUUCAUUUCAGAGCCACGACAUGUAUUAAUGUUCGGUCAUGUUCCUCACAGGGCUGAAAGGUGGAAGAUGUCCCCCGAAUUAACAAAGUAUUUUAAACGGAGGAAUAUACUGACUAUUCUAUUUCUGAUGGCUAUAGAACUUAAAUGCUCUUGUUUUACACGUAGAAACCUACAAAUCUGAAUUUGUUAUGUUUGACCAGAGUGUGUUCUGAAGUUGAAUGGCUCCUCUCGAUUUUUCAGCCUUUUACAUUUUCACAAACUUUCUGAAAUUUGAUGAAAAAAGUUUCUCAUAUGCAGUAAGGCCUUUUGUCUGGUCACAUUAUAACUGAAGCCUUGCGGACAAAUGGUUCCAUAAAAAAAAGUGCUAUUGGGGUGCUUGAAUAAGGUUUGCCUGAGAGCUUCGGGAACGAUUAUGAACCUUACAAUUUGUGUGAAUUUUAAGUUACUAGAAAAAUGUAUUUAGUUAGAAUAAAGGGGACUUUCCUAAACAACCUUAUUCACCAUUUCCUGUGCAGUUCAAAGACAAAAUAAAAGAGAUUCUGUUGAAAAGUCUCAA